AUGCUGUUAAUAAUAGGCUUACUGUGCAUUGCUUUGGCAUUUUUCUACUACCAACGGAAGCAACGGAUGUCGGUUCUGGAGCGGAACGGCAUCCCUGGCCCGAAACCACACCUCAUCUUUGGAAAUAUGACCGAUUAUAACACAUACGGCUAUAAUGUUUGCUUUGAGAAAUGGAAAGCACAAUACGGACGAGUCUUCGGCUACUAUUUGGGCGCAAAACCGUUUCUCGUGGUCACAGAUCCGGAACUCUUGAAACUGAUUCAAGUGAAAGACUUCCAGCACUUCACACAACGCCCGUAUGUCAUACCCGGCGGUAUUUACCACAACUGGAAAUAUCAUGAAAUGCACUUCACACAACGCCCGUAUGUCAUACCCGGCGGUAUUUACCACAACUGGAAAUAUCAUGAAAUGGUAACACGUGUGGACUCAUUGAGAUGGAAGAAAAUGCGUACACUAUUGAGCCCGUGGUUCAGUUCAAUGCAUCUGAAGGCCAACACUCCGGUCAUCAAUCUCUGUGUCGACGAUAUGGUCAAAAAGUUGGACACAUUGGCCGCGAAGGACGAAGAGUUCAAUAUCUACGAGAGAGUGGAGGCGGCGACCAUUGAUAUCAUCGACAGAACCGGUUUCAGUAUAACGACCGACAUUCAGGACCGGUUGCCGCAGAAUAACCCCUUCUUUGAGGCCACUCGCGGUGUAUUCAAUAUCCGUCCGAAUCGCCAGUUCUUGGCCUCACUGUUGCUGUGUUUCCCGGAACUGACGCCCAUUAUUAACGUAAUCCGAGACAUAUGCGAAACCCUUUGGGAUUAUUUUGGUUACACCAGUCAUGGCAUGCUGUGGAAGGCGGGCGAAGCCAUUGUCAAGAAUAGGCUAGAGUUGAUAAGCAACAAGAGCAAGAAAUUGGUCGACAAUAACAACAAUAGGCUGAAAGCCUACGAGAAUUCCCGUAAGGAUUUGCUGGAAAUGAUGAUCGAUGUCCGCAACAACACCAACAAAAAUACUGAUAAAACUCUGAACGACGUGGAGAUCAUCGCCAACACUGUUGUCCUACACGAGGCCGCGUACGAGAGUCCGGCCAAUCUGAUUGGCUUUGCGAUCCAUAAUUUGGUCAAUAAUCCCGAUAUUCAACAGAAGUGUUACGAAGAAGUGAACGAUUUGCACGAAAAAGACGGUAAAUUUGCAUUCAAUGUGAUGUCAGAGUUGCCGAUAUUGGACGCCGUGAUCAGCGAGACGUUCCGUCUCUACCCGACGGACACCAUCUUCACGAGUCGUAUGUCGAAGAAUGACUACAAAUACAAGAAUAUCGUUAUCCCAAAGGGUGUUGACAUACGUGUGCCGACCGUUCAGUUGCAUAGAGACCCGGAGUACUGGUCAGAGCCGAACCGUUUCGAUCCCAACAGAUUUAUGGACAAAAAGACAGUCAUUGAUCCGAUUGUUUACCAGCCG